AUGAUACUGUGGAGUAUAUUCUUGCUUCAUUCACUGCUGUCCUCUUUGCAAGGAUCUUAUUGCAAGCUUUCUCUUUUGAGAAGAACUUCAAGAAAUGAGUUUAAUGCAACUCGACAGAAAAGAGAUCUCGUAACAGCCGAGAUUCAAGCUGCCUCUCCUUGGUCGCACCUUCAUGGGCCCUUGAUGCGGAGUCCGCCGGGAGGUUCAUGUCCUCAGGAGUGCCUUAAUGGAGCAGCCUGCACAGAGGCAGGUGACUGUGACUGUCAGUUAUUUCAGGCUCAAGGAAGCAGGUGCCAAAUUGUACCUAACACUGGUAAGGACCGAGAUGGGAUUUGCAAAUCAUGGGGACAGUAUCAUUUUGAAACAUUUGAUGGCAUCUACUACUACUUCCCAGGAAAUUGCUCCUAUAUUUUUGCAAAAGACUGCAGUACUCCAGCACCCCAGUACACUGUUUGGGUUCAUAACAGUCCUCACUGUUAUGGUUCAGUAUAUACUUGUCAGAGGUCCAUCAGCUUAUUUUUUUCAAACCUAGAAGAAAUAACUAUUUCAGGACAUGAAGUAAGAAAAGAAGGAAUCAAAUUAAUGUUGCCUCAGACAGUUGGAAAUGCUUUCCUUGAGAGACUGGCUGACUAUAUUCUGGUGAAGACUACCUUUGGCUUUUCUCUUGCUUGGGAUGGAAACUCUGGUAUUUAUGUUAAGCUGACAGAAGAUCAUAAGGGAAAACCUUGUGGCCUCUGUGGGAAUUUUAAUGGCAAUAAAUAUGAUGACCUGAUACUGCAAAAUAUCGGUGAACAUACAGAAGACAUUGCUGAAUUUGCAAAUAGCUGGGCUGUGCAAACCUCAGAUGACGUAGCUUGUGUACCUGCUGCCUCAGAUUUUUCCAGUCCUUGCUCAGCUGAUGCAGAAUCCACUGAGGACAUAUUCUUCAAGUGCCAAAUAUUCCUACAGUUUCCUUUUCUCAGCUGUCAUGAAAGCAUAGAUCCAUAUUCUUAUAUUUCUAGCUGUAUGAAUGAUCUUUGCAGAGUGGAUGAUGAUGAAACAUACUGCAGGGCGGUGACAGAGUACGCUAGAGCAUGCUCUCAUGCUGGGUCCCCGGUGCGGGACUGGAGGGAUGACUUUCCUGCCUGUACUGAGAAGUGUGAAGACAGCUUUGUACACCGUGACUGUAUCAGCUGUUGUCCACCAACCUGCACAUUUGAAAAAGAUUGUCUUGGCAGCAACCUACACUGCUUAGAUGGCUGUUACUGUCCAGAUGGUCUCAUUAUGGAAAAUGGAACUUGUAUCUCUGUGUCGAAUUGCCCUUGUAUUUAUCAUGGAACUGCCUUCCCUGUAGGCUCAAAAAUUGAACAAGAAUGUAGCAACUGUAUUUGUAUUGGUGGCAUUUGGAACUGCACUGAUCAUGAUUGCCCAGCUGAGUGCUCCGUCACAGGUAGCUCUCAUUUCACAACAUUUGAUGGACGUCAUUUUACCUUUCUUGGGAUCUGCCAGUACAUUUUGGUAAAAGGCACUGGGAAAAACAAAUUCACAAUCACUCUACAGAAAGCACCUUGUGGACAGAACUUUGACCAUGCCUGCAUUGAGUCUAUAACACUAGUUCUUGAAGAUGAUGUGAGCAAACAAGUAACACUCACGAGAUAUGGUCAAGUCCAAACUGGCCCUAACCAAGUUUUACACCUUAAUGGGGCUAUUGAAAUUCAGAAUAUAUCUUCUUUCUUUGUUCAACUGAAAACUAGUUUUGGUUUGAAGAUACUGUUUGCUAAAGAUGGAGAGAGGAUCUAUGUUGAAGUUGAUGUCGGCUGGAAGAGAAGAACAUUAGGACUAUGUGGAACCUACAAUGGGAAUUUAAGAGAUGAUUUUCUUUCUCCAGCAGGGAUGAUAGAAGGGACCCCACAACUUCAUGCCAAUGCGUGGAAGGUUUCCUCAGCUUGUUCGGUGCCUAUCAAUAUUCCUGUGGUUGAUCCCUGCAACGUUAAUCAGCAAAAUGCUGGGUAUGCAUCUCACUGUGAUAUCAUCAAUCAAGAAGUUUUUGCUCCCUGCCAUGCCUACAUCAGUCCAGGAUUAUACUACCAGCUAUGCCGCUUCGACGCAUGCAAAUGCGGAAGCAGCUGUUUGUGUAAUGCUUUGGCACACUAUGCUUACGUCUGUGGCAAGCACGGGAUCAUCGUUGACUUCAGAUCUCAUAUUUCUUACUGUGCUGUGAUGUGUCACAGUGGUAUGCUUUAUCAUCAGUGCUCUUCUUUUUGUAAACACUCCUGUGCUUCACUUUCUAUGGCAAAUAUCUGUGGUGAUGACUGUGCAGAAGGAUGUAAUUGUCCUGCUGGGAAAUAUUUUGAAGAGUCGGUCAACUUUUGUGUAUCAAUAUCUGCCUGUCAUUGCCAUUACAAGGGCAAAGCCCUCCAGCCUGGAGAAAUCCUCCCUACGCCAACAGGCUCCUGUCAGUGUUUGAAUGGAACAGUGAAAUGUAUUGAAGCAACUACAGAAAAUACAGUUCACGUAUGCCCUGAAGGAAAAAUCUACUAUGACUGCAAAUCUCCUGUCCCUGGAUUACCAGCAGCGGGUGUGAACUGCGGGAUCUCUUGUGCAAACCUUGCCAUGAACUUCUCCUGUGUCCCUUCACCACCCUGUGCAAGUGGCUGCAUUUGUCCCCCUGGGAUGGCUGAGCAUAGAGGGAAAUGUUAUAUUCCUGACAGUUGUCCAUGCACCUGGAAAGACAGGGAAUUCCUGUCAGGAGAAGUGAUAGCUACACCAUGUUACACCUGUGUUUGUCGGAGAGGGGUAUUCAAUUGCACUAGUUACCCCUGUCCUGCUGUAUGCACUAUUUAUGGAGAUCGACAUUAUUAUACCUUUGAUGGAUUGGAGUAUGAUUAUGUCAGUGACUGCCAAGCUUACCUGCUAAAGAGCACAGAUAACUCAAAUAUAUCUAUAAUUGCUCAGAACAAAAAGUGCUUUGACAAUGAUAUUGUUUGCUCAAAGAAUGUUUUCAUCACUGUUGGAGACACUGAGAUUUAUUUUAGUGAACCUUCUGAGAAGCAGACCUUAAGGGGACAGGAAAACAAAUCUAACUAUCAGCUUUGGAAGGCUGGGUAUUAUACCGUCAUACACUUUCCAGAACAGGACAUUACAAUUCUGUGGGAUAAGAAGACAAUGAUGCAUGUUAAAGUUGGACCUCGAUGGAAGGGUAAACUGGCAGGUUUGUGUGGAAAUUUUGACAAAUAUACUUCAAAUGAUCUGACUACGUCCAACAACAUGGAGGUGAGAAAUGCACAGGUGUUUGGAGACAGCUGGGUAUUAGGACAGUGCAAGAGCCCAAAUGAAACAUUAAGACCAUGUGAGGUACAUCAGAGCAAGUUCCCUUAUGCCAAAAAGGAAUGCUCAAUUUUAUACAGUGAUGUUUUUGCACCUUGUCGCAAUGUGAUUGAUGUGACUUCUUUUGUCAAAAAUUGUCACACAGAUACGUGCAACUGCAAUCUUGGUGGGGACUGCGAGUGCUUGUGCACCAGCAUUGCAGCUUAUGCCCACAAGUGUUGCCAACAAGGAGCAGCAAUUCACUGGCGAUCUCCUUCGCUCUGUGCUUAUGACUGUGAAUAUUACAAUCAAGGUCUUGGUGAAGGACCCUAUAUUUUGGCAAGUUAUGGAGAGAAUGACACAAUUAUAGGAGCUAACAUAUCCAGUAGAAGGAUAUUUCCUCUGCCUAGAACCGGAGCAUAUGGAAAUGUAUUUUUCAGUUUCAUGAUAACUCCAGGUCUUUUCAAAGAUAAAGAUUUAUCGCUCUCUCUUGUUUCCCUUGAGUCUGCUGAAAGACCAAACUACUUUCUGUACGUACACGACAAUGAAACCGUUGGGUUGGAACAGUGGCAGGCAAGUGCCUCCUUUCGGAGACGAGCCACCUUCUUCCAUCACCAGGGCCUCUGGAGUCCAGGGCUCAGUGCCUUCGAACUGCACAGUAAAAAAGGCUUUUUCAUCAUUCUCACCUCAUCCCGUGUUAAAGUGGCAAAGUACGAUGACUCAGAAGAAUUCAAACGUUUCAGUAGCUUUAGUAUUGAAGAACUCGAUGCGUCUGUGCCUUAUAGAAGGAUGUGUGAAUGGCGAUAUGAAUCUUGUGCUAAUCCUUGUGUUAAAACAUGUAGUGAUCCUGAAGGAAUAGCAUGUAGAUUCCUUCCUCUGGUUGAAGGAUGCUUGCCAUACUGUCCCAAAAACAUGAUCCUUGAUGAGGUCACACUUAAAUGCGUUUAUCCAGAAGACUCAAUUGGAGCAAAACCUUCAUUGUUAAUCUCUCACACGGGUGCUACCAUGGAGAGAUUUCCUCAGACACCUCCUUUAAUUGUUACUUCAGGGACUGAGUCAACUCGUACCAGUGUGACAGCCAAAAUAACCAUGAAGGCAAACACAACUUUAAGGGGAAUGAAUAUGUCGGCACAGUCCAUUACAGACUUUUAUUCAUUGGAAGCAUCUAAUGCAGCCACCCAUUCAACAUUUUCAUUACCAAGUACAGUGGAGCCUUCUGAUGUACUUCACAGCACAGCCAGCCCUGCUGUCCUUUCCAAACUCAUCUCUUCAACAGAUUUUCCAACUGCUCUUCAAGCCUCAGCAGUCACAUCACGUACUGUCAGUUCUACUGCAUCUAUAACUUUACCCAUUACAAUAGCAACUCCAACAACCCUGCUCAGUGCAAGUCCUAUUCCAACACGUUCUGUGUUAUUAACACCCACUUCCCUAGUGGUAGUUCCAUUUCCACUUGAAACAUCAACCACUCAGCUAGAAACUGUUCCCCUUACCUCAGCAUUAACGACUUUAACCUCCGAGCCAUCUUUUGGCACUUCUGAGCUGCCUGCAGGGAUUGGGAAGAGUAGGAGUCCUUCAGUAAGUCAUUCUAAGGGAGCAGCAGCAUCCUCUGAAGUGUCUUUGUCUGCUUUGCUGGCUGGCAGAGCAACUUUCACAAGACCUGUAUUUCUUCCAGGUUCACUGUUGACACUAAGCACGUCUACUUCUCCUAUACCCACUUUGUCUGUUAGAACUAGGUCUGGUGUUGGUCAAACCACAGUUCACCCAACACCCAUUUCUGCACUGACUCCAACUGCUCCUCCAAUUCCUAUGACUACUAGGUUUGCUAGCUUUGAGACAAGUUUUCCUCAAUUAAUCACAGCUUCAUAUUUUGAAUCAGCAAAACCCUUGUCUAAAACUUCUCUGACAUCAUUAAAUGCAAGUUCUUUAGCUAGUUUUUCUCCAAAGCCAUUUUUAUCUUCAGUGGAAAUGUCAGUGACUGUUCCCGAGCAGACAUCUCCAUUAAUAAAAGGCAGUAUUUCUGCUCCUCUACCCAUAAUGACUGUAUGUUCACCUCAAGUUCCUUCUCAAAUCCCUAUAAACACUUCUUCAAGUCCUUCUGUAACACAUACAGUAGCUGUACCAGUGCGUUCUCUGAUUACCUCCCUGAAGCCCAAAGCUAUGGUAGAUGUCACUGUUGCCUCCAAAAGUCUUCAUAAAGUACCUUCCACUGCUUCCACUCUUCUAGUCAAUCCAACAAUCUCUGAUAUGUCUAUAACAAGUAAAGCCUCAACAGAAAAUAAAUACAUAAUGCACACUGAUUCCUUUUCAGUGUCAUCCAUUUCUAAAAAGCCAAAGAAAUCCAUUACAUCUACAGUGUUCCCUCUUAGGACAUUGGUAUUACCUCUAAAUGCUACAUUAAUAACCACUUCAGAAAUUACAGAGUACCCAAGCAGUUCACAUACAGAACUGAAAACUGACCCCGUGGCACAAAAUUCAGGCACUUACUUUCCUGAAGUUCCUUCUCUGACAAGGUCAUCAUCUUUAUUUACAAUCUUGUUAUCAACAUCAGUACCAUCUUAUGUGACAUCUCAUACUUCAGGUUCUUCAUUGAUUCCCAUAUUCAGUAGGACAUCAUCAUUAACACAAAAUAUAACUGUUACGCAAACACCGGUUUCAUCUCUAGAUACACAAGGAACCUCAAAAAGUCCAGUUACAGACUUUGCAACUUCUUCUGUAGAUUUUUCUACAUUCACUUUAAACAUAAGCCCUUCUACCAGCCUUUCAGCAGUGUUAAAAACAUCCAUUAUAAUGCCCUCUUUACUAAUGCCUACACAUCCUGAAGCCACUUUAGAAAGGCAGUCCAGUAGAGUCUCUAUGUCUUCACCUUCUCCUAAGAUCACUGGUAUCUCUACUGUUUCUCUAGGAAAACAGAGUUCUUCAGAAGAAGAUGGAACAAUAUCCACCAUAUCAGCUGGAAUCGUCACUCAAUCCACUACACCAAUGGUCACGAACACAACAGUGAAUGCUACAACCUUAAAAGCACCUUAUAUUUUUGCAAAAAUACCACCUAGCUCUUCAGCCAGUUUAUUAGUUGCUUCUGGCACUACUGUAGCCUCUAGGAUUACUACAAAAACCACUGAUUCCUUUGUUGCCGAUUUGGAGUUUCAUAUGGCUUCAGCUUCAGUUCCUACUACCAUAGAAACACCCAUGGAUGUGUCACACAAAUCUUUAUUUACAUCUGCAGCAACUCAAGCUUCACAGAGCACUGAAGAAACUCCAAAAAUGAUGGUCAUGAAAACAGCUGGUACUACGAGUCCAUUAUCACAGAUGAAGAGUACCUCAUUUACAGCUUCAGAAGUUAAAUAUGCAACCUCAUUUGAAAGAACUGUGGAUAUUUUAGAAAGUGGUCAUACUUCACAUGAGCAAAGAAAUGUUACCAAGACAAAGUCAACCACAACUGAGAAAUCUUCCCUGCCUUAUUUGACAGUAUCUGCAGUUCAGAGUUCACCUUUUUCAAGAAAUACAACCUCAGUAAAAAAUCUCUCUCUUUCUGGACUCCCAGAUGUAACAACAUCAGAUUGGUCCAAAAUCCCAACAGAGAGAACCAUUAAACCUUAUUUCAGUUUAACAGAGCCCACAGAGCUGCAGAGCAGAACUAUAAUAGGUUUAUCUCAUUCUAGUGGUGGAACGGCUCUGCCUUCGUCUUCAGAGCCUCUGGAAACACAAACUUCUCCGGCAAGCACAGAAACAAUGACAGCUAUAGCUGACAAGGCUUCCUUUGGUACAAUGAUGCAUACACUGAUGUCUACAUAUUCCGAAUGUGUGCCAAGAUACCUUGAACCUGUCGACAAAUGUAGCCAGUAUGUAUGUGUUAAUACGGGCUGGAUGUUAUACAACCUUUCAAGGAACUGCCCUAAGGAUGUGCAGAAGCCAGACUGUGGUUUUCGAGGAAUGCCAGUUCAAGUUAACACUGAUAGUUGUUGCCCAGAAUGGGAAUGUCCCUGUCAAUGUUCUGUACUGUCUGAACUGAGUGUUAUUACAUUCGACGGAAACAACAUAGCUCUCUGUAAUAUGGCUUCCUACAUUUUAGUCAAGUUACCAGGAGAAAUUAUCGUUGCUCAUAUUGAAAAAUGUCCUGCUAAUCAGAGUGCAAAUUCAAUAAGAAAACUAGUUCCCCCUGCAAGCACUUCAGGGCUCUGUUUUAAGAAACUAAAUGUAACAACACGCACAUAUAAAUUACUUAUCAAUCGUUUAGCAAGAAAAGUAGUAGUGGAUUCUGUAAUUCAAUCAUUACCAUUUUCAAAAGAAGGACUGAGUAUUCAGGAUACUGGUGCAAUGUAUGUCGUUAAUACCCCGGCUGGUAUUAGCAUCAAGUGGGCUCACAUUACAGGCAUCAUAGAUAUACAGUAUGGAUUGCACUCUAACACACCAAUGAAGACAGAAGGACUUUGUGGGGUGUGUAAUGGAGACCCUACUGAUGACCUGAAAAUGCAAAACAGGACCAUAAUUACAAAUAUGGAGGAAAUUGAAGUGUUCAUUAAGAGUUGGGAAAUUGAGAAAUCAGUUGAUGCAACAACCAGGAGGCCAGUAAGAAACUGUACUGAAGAUAACUGCACAUACUGUAUGGAACUGUUAAACAGAAGCAUUUUCAUCCCUUGUCACAAGAAAGUGUCACCACAGGAGUUUUGUGAGAAGAUGUGGAUCAACAGUACUUAUUUUUGGAAUUAUGAGUGUGAUGCACUUUCUGCAUAUGUAGCUUUAUGCAACAAGCACAACAUCUGCAUUAAAUGGAGGACACCUGAUUACUGUUCAUUGAGUUGUCCUGAGGGCAAGGAAUACCAGCCUUGUGUGCAACCCUGUGAAGCCAAGACAUGCUUGAAUAAAUGGUUCUAUGAAGAUUCUCCCUGUUCCUAUUUAAGGGAAGACUGUGUGUGUAAAAAUGGCACUAUUCUGCAUAGAACAGAUUCUGACCUCUGUAUACCAGAAGAAAAAUGUACAUGUACAGAUAACAAAGGACAACCCCGCUCUGCUGGGGAGAUCUGGAAUGGGUCCAUAAGAGGCUGUUGCAUGUACAACUGUUUAGGAAAUGGAAGCGUUGUUGCUGUAGAACCUGAAUGCAAUGAGGAUCCACCACCAGUCUGUGAAAGGGAAGGGGAAGUUAUCGUCCACGUCAUCGAAGAGAGAGCUUGCUGUCCAAAGAAAGUUUGUGAAUGUAACACAUCAUUGUGUGACACCAUUAUUCCAACAUGCAAACCCAGUGAAAAAUUAGUGGUAGGCUACCACCCCCUGUCCUGCUGUCCACAGUACCGAUGUGAAUGUGAUCCUUCAGUUUGUUUCAAUGCUUCCCAGCCGGACUGCAGAGAAGAUCAAUUUAUUGUUGAAGCAAAAUGGGAAGAUCCCUGUUGUUUCUCUUAUCUCUGUGUUUGUGAAUCCUGUAUUGAGCCUGUUCCCUUGUGUAAUGAAGGGGAAAUUCUCACUGUAGACCUUAAUACCACACAUUACUGUUGUCCGCAUUACUACUGCGUUUGUGACGAAAAUCUCUGUUCUGAGCCUCCUAUGAAUUGCACAGAUGACAUGAUACUUGUGAAGGAAAAACCACCUGGGCAGUGUUGUCCAGAAUGGCACUGUGAAUGUGGCUGUGAAAACGCUACUAUGCUGACCUGUAAAUUGGGAGAAGUUAAAAAAAUAGAUAGUAGCAUUUCCAGUGCUUGUGGAUGCACUCACUACAUUUGUGAGAAGGAUGAUGUGUGCAUCUUCCAGGAGGUCACAGUACUGAAUCCUGGACAGUCAGUGAUUCAGUACUUGGAUGGAGACCUUUGUUACACUGUACAGUGUUUACAAGAAAAAGAUCAGAACACAGGAUACAAUGCCAUGCAUUUUACAAUGGUGAACUGUUCCCAGCAAUGUGAAGCUCAUCAAAUAUAUAUGCCUUCCUCCAGUCACCAUACUUGUUGUGGUACCUGUCAAAACGUGUCCUGCUCUUUUCAUACUGAGAAUGGAACACUAAUUGUGUAUGAGGAAGGAAGCACCUGGAGCUCCAACUGCACCAACUACAAGUGUGCAAAGACUGCUGUGGGGGCCAUCAUAUUGGGAUCGAGUGUUGUCUGCCCCCCUUUUAAUGACACUGAGUGUACAAAGAAUGGAGGAAUUGUGCAGACAUAUAACGAUGGCUGCUGCAAGACCUGCAAAAAGGAAGAAAGAAUUUGCCAGAAAAUGACGAUCAGGACAACCAUAAGAAAAAAUGACUGUAUAAGUCAAAGCCCGAUAAAUGUUGCUUCUUGUGAUGGAAAAUGCCCAUCUGCAACAAUUUUCAAUGUCAAUAUUGACAGCCAUUUAAGAUUCUGUAAAUGUUGUCGAGAAAAUGGAACACGUAAUCUGACUGUGCCACUAUACUGCUCAGGAAAUGGCACUGAAAUUACAUACGUCAUUCAAGAGCCUAUAGACUGCUCAUGCCAAUGGAACUGA